AUGUCCGAGUUGGAGCCUAUUUUACAUUUUAUUUGUUCGGAUGAUGGUGACAGUUUAAUUUUAGAACUCAAUGAUAAUUAUUUUUUAAUUAUUGAUGGUGGGUCUGCACAAACUCCGUAUUAUCAAAAUUUGAGAGUAGCGAUUCUCAAGCGUCGUAUAACAGCAUUCAAAGGGAUUAUUAUAACAAGC